AUGGUACCAAGCUCAGAAUCUUCCCCAAUCUCCAUACAAUCUAAGAGUCAUUUGGUUUUUGGGGCCAUAUCUCGAGAUUAUCAAAACAACCCUUUUGCUGGCAUUAGCUGGGAAGUUGGACCCAAGCUUGAAGAACUUUGUGGGCUUGCUAGAAGAGAAAAGGAGGCUGGGAUAUUUUCAGAGCCAGAAGUAGACAUUUUUAUGAAGGCUACUUCAAUGGGAGGAGUUGAGAGUAGUCUCAUUACUGACUAUACUCUCAGAGGCAGGAUCUUCAUGAAUAUCAAAGUUAUUGAUAAAAUUAAAUGCUACUGGGGCAUUCAGGAAGACUGCAAGUUGAGAGACUUAGUGGUGAAAGAUGGUAUGGAGUAA